AUGACCUCCGUCGCCUCUGUUACCCGCCAGCUCGCCGCCAUCGACCUUAAUAAUGCUCGCUCUCAACCAUCGACACACACCAAACAAGCCAGCCAGCCCAACGUUGCCAAACUACUCACCAAAUAUGCCGCACCCAACCUCCAACAGUCUCAGAGCACAUCCAAGCUCCCUUCAUCUCGUAGCGACCUAUCGAAAGCCAUUCUCGACAUCGGCAGUUAUGACGGCGGUUUGGAGCUUGAGAAUGAAAAGCGAGGUGACGUCGUCACCGGAGAGGCGGCGGAGGAGCUAGCCCUCGACUCCAGCCUGGCCAAGGCAUAUCCAACACAGGAAUGGUCGCUACACUCUUUCGAUAUUGGCCGGCCAUUAGGAAAAGGCAAAUUUGGGCGCGUUUACAUGGUCCGGACAAAAUCAGCGCCAAACUAUAUCCUCGCCCUCAAAACUCUCUACAAGUCGGAACUCAUCAAAGACAAAGUCGAGAAACAGACCCGGCGUGAAAUCGAAAUUCAACAAAACCUGCGCCACCCAAACAUUCUUCGUCUUUACGGCUACUUUCACGACGAGAAACGGAUAUUCUUGAUGCUGGAGUUUGCCGGGAAAGGCGAAUUGUACAAACAAUUAAGCAAGUACGGCAGCUUUUCUGAGAGACGGAGUGCGCGGUAUAUCGGCCAGAUGGCUGACGCCUUGAUUUACUUGCAUGGGAAGCAUGUCAUCCACCGCGAUAUCAAGCCCGAAAAUCUACUACUUGGGAUCAAUGGGGAGCUCAAGAUCGGAGACUUUGGUUGGUCUGUGCACGCUCCAGGGCUUCGCAGAAUGACCCUUUGUGGUACCCUCGACUACUUGCCACCGGAGAUGAUUGAGGGCAAAGAGCACAAUGAGAAGGUGGACUAUUGGGCACUUGGUGUCCUUACUUACGAAUUCUUGCUCGGCGCACCUCCAUUCGAAGAUCGCAAUAGCGUCAACAACACGUAUCGAAGGAUAACAAAAGUUGACCUCAAGUUCCCACCCAACAUAACGCCUGACGCAAAAGAUUUAAUCACCAGACUUCUUCGGUACGAUCCUCAACAAAGGCUACCCCUGACCGAAGUCCAAAAUCACCCUUGGGUUGUCAAAUUCCGCCCCAAAGAGACUUGA